AUGGAGAUGGUCAAUGGGAGCAUCAGCCAGGAAUUCAUUUUGCUGAGAUUUGAUGGUCAACAGCGAACACGAUUCUUGCUCCUUGGCUUUCUGUCCAUUCUCUACAUGCUCACUUUGGCUGAGAACAUCACCAUCAUCACAGUGGUGUCUCUAGAUAACCACUUGGCCCAGCUUCCCAUGUACAUCCUGCUGAGCAAUUUCUCCUGGAUGGAGAUGUGCUAUGUGACCACGACUGUGCCCCGUAUGCUGUCUGACCUGAUUUCCACUUAUGGAAUAAUUUCCUUCCAGGCCUGUUUCCUCCAGUUCUACUUCUUGUUUGCUCUCGGCUGCACGGAAUGCUUCUUCCUCUCAGCCAUGGCCUUGGAUCGGUACUUGGCCAUCUGCCACCCUUUGCGCUACCCACAACUUAUGACCCAACAUUCCUGCUAUGCCUUGGUGGGGGCAUGUUGGGUUGUUGGCUUUCUGUGGUUUCUUACCCCAGUGAUUUUGAUCUCCAAGUUGUCCUUUUGUGGACCGAACAUUAUUGAUCAUUUUUUGUGUGAUCUUGUGCCAAUUCUGUCCCUGGCCUGCCCUCCACUCAGAAAUGUUCCCCUUAUCUGCCAAAUAUUCAUGCGGGUUUUUUUUUCAGGCAAUGCAUCCUUUGUUGUGCUAUCAUAUGGCUUUGUCAUUCUCAACCUAAUACAUACUACAAACCAAAGCAGUCGAAGGAAGGCCUUCUCCACCAUAUCUUUCCAUAUAACCGUGGUGACACUUUUCUAUGGCACACUCGUAGGGAUGUACUUAAUUCCAGGUGGAGAAAAUCAUUCAGUAGUCACCAAGAUAGUAACUGUCUUCUACACGGCCAUCACACCUUUUCUCAAUCCCCUGAUCUACUGUCUGAGGAAUGAUCAGGUGAAAGAGGCCCUGGGCAGGUUGCUGAGGAGAAAGGAAACAUUUCUGAGGUGA